CGAUGUCUCUGCACAGCGCAGGCGCGGCAGCACGGCACGGCGCAGACCCGUGCGAGACGCGCGCAGCAGCGCCGCGAUGCGGGCACGCGCACGACGCGGCGAGCCAUGCACGCCUCGAAUGCCGACGGCUGCUGCGCAACGCGAAGUGCUGCGCAUUCGGCGCAACUCGACUCUUACUGCCGCAAGCUGAGCCGCCCACCAGCACGCCGUUUCUCUCCGCUCGCCUCCGCCGCCGCCGCAGCCGCACCAUCGCGGAGCAGACGCCGCAGCAUCAGCACGCAGCCAAGAGCAGGCGCGGUCUCAUCUCCGCAGCCGCCGUCAAAUUGGACGCCUCCGGCUGAGUCGAGCACUUUGCCUCCUGAUGGCCGGCGCUUCCGCCGCGCGCGCGCCGACGCCGCGCCGUCGGCCUGCACGCUCGCAAAGCUCGGGUCACGGCCGGCCUGCACAGCUGCUCGCUGCGGCCGCGGUGGACUUCCGCUCAGCUUCCGUGCAGCGUGGGUCGGUCCAAGAGUGUCGCACGCCGCAGCUGCAGCUCUGCUCUCGCGAUGCUCGGCACCGGCGUCGGGUGCCUGGACAGCGUGUGUCCCACACGUGCCCCGCGCUGCCGGCUGGAGAUCAUCCAGAUCCAGGUGCAGACGCCGUCCCGCUGCGCUUGUGCAGCGGCCAGCAAGAUGAGGUGCAGCAUCGCAUCUCGGCGUGCAGCACCUCCGAGCGCCGGCUCGGACGCAGC